AUGCCCCAGAAGAUCGAGGAGCUGGUCCAGUGUUCAGACGUGAACUUGGCUGGGGUCCUGGGCUCGGUGUUGAACACAGCGACUGGCCUCGACAUCCCGAGCCUGGUGCCCCUGGACGCCCUCACGAACCUGAAAAUCCUGGAUAAUGUCCUGGGCAAGGGGGAUGCCGCCAAGCCCAAGGGCAACGCAGAUGCCCCUGAAGCUCCUGCACCUGUAGAAACAGAGGCCCUGGCCAGCCCUGUAUCUAGUUUCCUUCCUGGUGCGGCUGCUGCCGAGCCUGUCUCCGAACUCACAGGACAAGUGAGUUCAAAGGUCAACGACAUCCCAGGACCAGGACCCGUUAAAAGUGUGCUGAGUAAUGGUGUGUCCGGUGUGACUUCCAAGCUCACAGGCUCCGUUGGAGAUUUGCUGAAGAGUGCAGGUAGCAAGAACCUGGGCAAUGUGGUUUCCCAAGUCAAGGGCCUGACUAAAACGUCCACUGACCUCGUCAGCAACGUGUUGCCAUCCGACAACCCCACUGAGGCCUCAGGUGGCCAGGGAGGCCUGGAUGUGAGCGGCUUAUUGUUGGCACUCAAAGUGGGGAAAGUCACCGUAGAGAACAUCCAGUACUCGAUGACAAACGACGGGGUGGAAGUCCAGGCCACAGCCACCGCUGAUGUGCAGUCUGAAGGAGUCGCUGGAGCUGUGAUCACUGCAGUUGGGUUCCAGGUAGAACUCGACCUAACAAUGAUGAUCACCAGUACACAUGACCACACCAACAAUACUGUCCAACUCGAAGUCGAGCAGAAGACCAUGGAGGUCAAAAAAGUGACCAUCAAGCUGGUGGAAACGAUCACGAGUGCUUUGCCUCUGCCUGUGCCCGUGCCUGUGCCCUUGGACAGUGUUGUGCUGAUGGCCCUGUCUGUGAAACUGAGUGAUAAUGCCAAAGAAUCAUCUUGUAGCAUCCUACUUUCCGAGAUCGAUUCGGCCAAGAAUGAGACUGGUGUGAUGUGCCUUUACACCAUUGCCUAUACCGAGAUGUCUGCUAAAGGCCUGUCCGUCUACUAUUGUGCCAAAUGUUCUGGGAUAAAUAACUCGAGCUGGGUUUCUGGAAGUAAACUUGCGGACCACCCUAAAAAUGACAGUGUUUCCGUCAUCGUGUCCCACAAAGCUGUCAGAGAACAUGUCACUCGGUGUGUUGCACAGGUCGAUAUCAAGGAAGGGAACAUGGAGGCCUUCAUCCUCAAACUCUCCUACAAGUACCCUUCAGCUGGUAUUGUAGAAGCAUUGUUCAAGUUUCAGUUGAAGAUGAAUGGCAUGGACUCUGGCAUCGUGGUGUUAGGUGCCCGGUUCUCCCAUAAAUGCAGAAUUGAAAAUGGUAAAUUGGUGGCAGACAUCAAGUUGCAAAGCACCUCUCUGAAAAGCAGCACAAUUCCUGAGACUGUGGGUGAUAUGACAGAAGCAAUGAAACCAGUGGUUGAUAAAACAGUUUCUUCUGUAACUGGAUGA